GGCUCUCGAAACGAAGGACAGUGAAGAUGGACAGUGGAGGAAAGAUAUAGACAAAGCUGUUUCAUGGUACCAGCAGUUUGCUGGCUUCCAGGUCGUCGAGGAAGUACGAGGUGUGAGAUUCAUCUUUGACAAAGUUGACUCGCAAGCUCCCGAGAAGGAGUUCUCGAUGGUCUUGAACUUUGACAAAGACUCUGAGGAGCUGCUGAAGGAUUUGAACCUCGCUAACGAUCUACCCAAGUUUGUAAGAAUAACCCGAGAAAGGAUCCAGGCUGCUUUGAUGAACGGGACUCUUCCUGUAAGCACAACUGUUUGUCCAGAUGCUUCCCCUCUACCAAUCUCAUCUCCGCCAAUGAUGUCAGUUGAUUCUAGUAGCAGAAAUGAUGCUGAUCAAAGCCACUCCCAAAGUAAGAACAAGAAGAAGGCUCUUCCUGCUAAGAGAAGAGCUUCUGCCUUGUCGGCAGCAUCUCCUGGCUCUGUGCGUCGCUCCCACGCUUUCCGGGAAACAUGUGAGUCCUCAGAGGAAGCAGACCCUGACCCUGGAACACUAAGCCCUGACUGAUGACUGCGUCUCCUGCUCUUGCUGCCCUGUGUAAACACGAUCAUAUAUUGUCCAGUCCCCUUUAACUAACGCAAAUGACUGGCUUGGAGAAAUAUGCAGAUUUCUUUUGUUGUCAUAGUCGAUUGUUUCGAACAAACAUUUGUUAAGUUUGUUGUUGCGUUGUGAUCGUAAAACUCUGGGCAUGCACGAAUGUUGAUGUACUUCUGUAUGUGGUUUGUGAUAUGCAAUGUA